AUGGUCUUUCUACCUCACCCUCAAUUCGGCCAGCUAGGCACUGUUCCGGAUAAUAUUCCGAUCGGGGAGUUUAUGCUAAAUGAGCAAUAUGGACGAGUACCACACGAUAAAUCAAAGGACCCUUAUACAUGCGGAAUUACAGGGAAAACAUACAGCUCACGACAAGUUGUUGACCGUGUAGAUCAUAUCGCGAGAGGUCUAGCAAAGGAGUUUGGAUGGACUCCUAAUCAGGGUACAGAGUGGGAUAAGGCUCUGGCAGUCUUUAGUUUGAAUACGAUUGAUUCUUUGCCGUUUUUCUGGGCAACUCAGCGUUUGGGUGGCCUUGUCUCUCCUGCAAAUGCGGCAUACUCCGCCGCGGAGCUAAAACAUCAACUGGUGGAUUCAAAGGCAAAGGCCUUGUUCACCUGCGUGCCCCUGUUACCAGUUGCGUUGGAAGGCGCUGCAUUGGCUGGUCUUCCACGGAGUAAGGUAUACCUGAUCGACAUGCCGAUGGAGAUACUGGGUGGGGUCAAGCCUCCGAUUGAGUACAAGACGUUAUCGCAGAUUGAAGAGGCAGGAAAGACGCUGCCUGCUUUAGAGGUGCUGAACUGGGGCCCCGGGGAAGGAGCUCGACGAACUGCGUUCUUGUGCUAUUCCAGUGGUACUUCAGGGCUGCCUAAAGGCGUAAUGAUUUCACACCGUAAUGUGAUUGCCAACGUAUUGCAAACGAAGCUGUUUGAGACAACCUACCGCGAUGCCCGCUCAAAGGCCACUGGUAUAUCUCCGUUCACCGAGGUCGGCCUUGGCCUUUUACCUCAAAGCCACAUCUAUGCUCUUGUGGUUAUCAAUCAGUCCAGUGCCUACCGUGGGGACCAAACCAUUAUCCUUCCCAAGUUCGAGUUAAAGUCAUACCUGGCCUCUAUCCAGAGAUUUAAGAUUACGUCGCUCUUCCUGGUUCCUCCAAUUAUUAUCAACAUGAUUCGAAGCUAUGAUGUGUGUUCCACAUAUGAUUUAAGCUCGGUUAGAACACUUUUCACUGGUGCAGCACCACUAGGCAUGGAAACGGCUAUCGAUUUCCAAAAGCUGUACCCAGGUGUGAUCAUUCGGCAAGGAUAUGGUCUGACGGAAACAUGCACUGUCGUCUGCUCUACCCACCCUGACGAUGUGGUACUUGGCUCCUCCGGUUGUUUAUUCCCUGGCUUUGAAGCCCGAAUUCUUUCGCCCGAGGGCGAGGAGAUCACCAGCUAUGACACCCCCGGUGAAUUGGUGGUUCGAUCGCCUAGUAUCGUCCUCGGCUAUCUGAACAAUGAGAAGGCCACCAAAGAGACAUUUGAGGAUGGAUGGAUGCGUACUGGUGAUGAGGCUGUUGUCCGUGUUGGUCCCAAGGGCACUGAACAUAUCUUCAUUGUCGAUCGCAUUAAGGAGUUGAUCAAGGUCAAGGGUUUGCAAGUUGCACCAGCUGAACUUGAAGCACACCUUCUUACUCACCCCGACGUUGCAGACUGCGCUGUGAUUGCUAUCCCAGAUGACACUGCCGGAGAGGCCCCGAAGGCUAUCGUUGUUAAGUCUCCAUCUGCUGGUUCCGACGAGGCAACUGCUCAGUCUAUCAAGAAGCAUGUUGAAGAUCACAAAGCUCGUCACAAAUGGCUGAAGGGCGGUGUCAGGUUUGUGGAUGUCAUCCCAAAGAGUCCGAGUGGCAAGAUCCUGCGAAGACUGCUUCGUGAUCAAGAGAAGGAGGCUCGGAGAAAGGCCGGUGUUAAACUUUGA